GCUCUGUUCUCAGCUUCCUCCUGAGGUGCUCAGGACACCUCUCUGCUUUUCUGCUUGUCUCGUUUCCUGGUCCAAGGCUCUUCUCGUGCCGUUAGACUCGUGCAAUGAUUAGGACGACCCUCCGCGUCCGCGGCGCAACCCGCAUCCUCGCCCCACGCUCUCGCGCAAUGUCCUCCUUCCCCGCACUACCACUCACCCCUCCUACCCCGGAAGAGGAGGCGGCCCAGUUUGAGGCCCGCAUCGCGGACAUGGAGGCGUUCUUCGCCCAGCCCCGAUUCGCCUCGCUCAAGCGUCCGUACACCCCCGCGCAGGUCGCGUCGAAGCAGGGCUCGUUGCCCGUCCUCCCGCUGCCCUCGACGCUCCUCGCGAACAAGCUCUAUGCGCUGUUUGAGAAGGCUGCGAGCGAAGGGCGUCCUGUGCACACCAUGGGCGCGAUCGACCCGGUGCAGAUGACGCAGAUGGCACCGCACCAGGAAGUGGUGUACGUUAGCGGGUGGGCGGCGUCGAGCGUACUCACGACGGGCAACAAUGAAGUUGGACCGGACCUGGGAGACUACCCGUACACGACCGUCCCGAACCAAGUGCACCGGAUCUUCCGUGCUCAGCAGCUCCAUGACAAGAAACACUAUGACGAGCGGUGGCAGGUGACGCCGGAGGCUCGCGCGAAGUUGCCUUACAUCGACUACUUGCGGCCCAUCAUCGCCGACGCGGACAUGGGACAUGGCGGCCUCUCGACCGUCAUGAAGCUGGUCAAGCUAUUCGCCGAAUCUGGUGCGUCAGCGAUCCAUCUCGAGGACCAGCUUGUCGGCGGCAAGAAGUGCGGCCACCUCGCGGGCAAAGUGCUCGUCCCCGCGUCCGCGCACGUCUCGCGCCUCAUCGCGGCGCGCUUCCAGCUCGACCUGCUGAAGUCGACGAUGCUGCUGAUUGCGCGCACGGACGCGGAGAGCGCGAAGCUCCUCUCGAGCACCGUCGAUAUCCUCGACCACGAGUUCAUCAAGGGCGUCACCGCGCCCGACCGUGCGCUCGCGGAGGUCAUCGCGAAGGCCGAGGCCGAGGGCCGGAGUGGUGCCGAGAUCGACAAGAUUGAGGCGGAGUGGUUGGCGAGGAAUCCGCUCAGCACGUUCGGCCAGGCCUUCGAGAAGGCGCUUGAGAAAUCAGACGUGAAGGACAAGGAGGGUGCGCUGAAGGCGUUCCGUGAGGCGGCGGACGGCAAGUCUAACGCGGACGCACGCGAUAUCGCUAAGGACAUCCUCGGGGAGAACAUCUUCUGGGACUGGGACUUGCCCAAGACCCGUGAGGGUUACUACCACUACACCGGCGGGGUGGAGGCAGCCAUCAAGCGCGAGCUUGCAUUCGCGCCCUAUGCUGACAUGAUCUGGCUCGAGACAAAGCUGCCUGACCUUGAGCAGGCUCGGUAUUUCUCUCGCAAGAUUCGCGAGAAGUACCCUGGCAAGUGGUUUGUCUACAACCUCAGCCCCAGUUUCAACUGGUCUGCGCAAGGAUUCUCAGACGUGGCUUUGAAAAACUUCGUCUGGGACCUCGGUAAAGAAGGAUUCGUUCUACAGCUUAUUUCCCUGGCUGGCCUGCACCUGAAUGCUGUCACGGCCGCCGAGCUAGCCGCGGCCUUCAAGACCGAUGGUAUGCUUGCAUACGUUAAUCUCAUUCAAAAGAAAGAGAAGGAGAUCGGCUGUGACGUGCUCACGCACCAGAAGUGGAGUGGCGCUAACUACAUCGACCGCAUCCUCACCACCGUGUCCGCGGGUUCGUCAAGUACCUCCGCAGUUGGCAAGGACUCGACAGAGCACUCAUUCUGAUUAGCAACGCCUGGUCGACGGCUGCCAUACUCAUGAUGAUACGGAGCCAGUGGUCUAGUACUACUAGCAACACGUGUUGUUAUAUUGUUUUGUGCUAUGGCAUCAAAUGGAAGUGAAAAUACUGAUAAUAACACAUCGGCGGGACUUGGAAUCAGGAAUGCAGCAAAGUGUAGAAGUACGAUGGAAUAAUGGACCCAAGGCAUGAUCAAGACGAGCGUAAGUAGUAGACAAUGCGUAUCGGUAUCGUCAAGGAGCGUUCCAAGAGUAAGGUAGUGAUAUAUACGGCGUGCACGAGACGGACAGACUCAUGGGGGCGACAACUAGCAUGGGAAAGAUUGCGAAGAGCCAAGCGAUGUAAAGAGACCGCGCGCCACAGGCGGGGUCCACGCUAGCUGCGGCCCUGGUAGUAGAAGGCAAGAAGGCAGUGGAUACAUAUACGAUAUAACCAUACGGUCACGACACGAAGCGUCUGACAACGUACGAAGCAACCAAGAUAUUAUAGACCAGAUAUGGCAAACAACCAGAGACGAUCAUUCUGAGGAUGACAUGGACUGGUCUAUAGUAUUGUAAGGGUAUGAAAGCUGAUGUGGCAAGAGCUUAGGUGAGACGAUCUCGAACUGUGACUCGUCAAAGCUCGGACGACUAUCCGAUGAGUCGCCAGACGUGCGUGGUAUCGACAGUGCGCCAGGGCGUGGCGGUGAAGCGCCGGCCAUGAGCCGGGAAGGUGCACGGGACGAAGACGACUCAGUUGAAGAGAUGCUCGGGCGGUUUUUCAUCCUUAUGCUGGCGUUGGAUAACUGCGACGACCGACUAGCAGAACGAGAUUGGUUUCCAGAGAGGUGCUCGGGAAGCGGAGGACUUCUCGGGAUAUCGACGAGGGUCAUAGUCGAUGAUACGCCUGACGCGCGCUUCAUGACCUGGCCUAGCUCCACAACGCUCCCUUUCCUCAGGCGCUGCUGUUCUGGAGGCAUCUCGUGACUGGAGCGCGGUGCGGAAAUGGACGAUUGUGAGGAGUGCGCCGAGAGGGUACCCGACUGGGACUUGCUGAACGAUUUCAGGAUCGACUUGCGCAUGCCGCCCUUCUCCGCCUGGACCAGUGCCGGAGGGGCAGACGCAGGCAAUGGCGGGGUCGUAGCUGGUAUGGGUGACACCGAUGGCGAAGGCUGGCGGGGAGGAGGGUGGAGGGGAUAAGGGGACUCUUGAUUCCAAGAGAGCUGGUGCAUUGAGCCGUUACGCUUCGGCAUAAGCAUCGCGGGUCCCGGCGCGGAUUUCGGCGGCUCGGGGAGCAGCGGUGAUCUCGAGAGCGUGCGGGAUAUGCGUUUCGGUCCUGGUCCAGGGGCGGGGCCAUUGGAAGGCGGGGCUGAGUUCGGGGACGAGCGACCCGAGUUCGGCAAGGCAGGCGAGCUUGACCCGGACACCGAGGCCUUGUUGGUUCGCCGCCAGAGCUUCUUGAUGCUCUUCACACUCAUAAGCGAUGACUGUUUGGCGGCGGCCUUGCCAUCUUCCGACGCUAGCGAGUCGAUGGAAAAUCGGCUUGUUGAAGGCGCAGAAGAUGCAUUACUCAUCUUGCUGCUAUGCGCUUGCCGGAGUGAGGAAUUCUGCUUCGCUGCGAAGACCGACUCCUCAUAUCGAGGGGUCGGGACAUCCACGUCCGACGGGAAUCUCCCGAACGGAUCCGGCGACAAAGGGAUAACGGGGGAUUCGGAUCCAGGGGUGCGUAACAAUGCAGGUGCUACAAGGGGUGGAUAGAGCCCCUCUUCCUCCAGCUCACGUUUACGCGCAAGCGACUCGUCGGACAUCGCGUCUCCGUGAGCGGUGAACCGCUUCUGGAAGGGUGACUUCGGCAAUUCUGUUGAAAUACCGUUGAAGGCUAUCCGUGGCGGAGAAGGGACGUCACUGGGCAGUUCAGUUUCGGGAGCGGAGUUCAUGUUGUUGAGCAUCGAGUAAGGGACGGCGGGCCACGAAGCACCUUCUGCAGGAGGCCCUGGUUGGUGUGGGGACAUGGGUAUGGGAGCACUGCGAGGAGUUCCUUGCCAAUUCGGCGGAGGGGUGAGGCUCGCAAUGGAGGGCAUCCCUGUCGGCGUCUCUGCCGCCAGAUCUUCGAUAGCUAGCUUGCGAGGCGAGAAUUGGGCGAGGUGCUUCUCAAUUUCGUCCAACUUAGCCAUCAUAAGGACUUGACUCUUCCGGCGAUCGUCCGGAUCAUCCUCAUCGUACUCGACAGAGCCGUCCAGGCCAAGGUUGAGGUCGUCAAAGAACUGUCCGUCACGUUUCUCUUCCAAUGGGCUGCGUCGCGGGCGCUGUGUGGUCUCGCCGUCGGAGGACUCAUCGCCUUCGGCAAACAUACCUGUAGAGGGGGUGGACUCCUCUGUCAGGUACGCCAAACGCAUGUUCGAAUCGUCCGUACCAAGACCCGCGGAAUCCGCCACGUUUGGUAGGGACGGCGCAAGGUCCAAUGCUGGAGGGAUGCGCUUCCUCGACAAGGAGGAGCCCCCUGAAGCACUGCGCUCGCGACCGGCCUGUGGCGGCGGGCUAGGGAUGGCGACCGAGAGUCGUGGGCGUGAACUCCUCUUGAGGAGAUCCGCAACCUCCCGCGCGUCGUCGCCCUCCUGCCUUUCCUCGCUGCCCUCCACUGGGUCUGGCAAUGCCGACAGUGCCUCUCCGGAGAGGGCGAGGUCAACGACAUUCGGAUUCUUCGUUCUCUUCUGACGGAAAGGUUGCGAUUCAGCACGUAUGUCCGCCCAGGUCUCAGCAUCGGUGCCAAACACGUCCGCCAACGGAUCUCCACUCACGGUCCCUUGCCCAAACCUCGCCGUUGCAUCCUCGUCCUCUUCGUCUGAGUCCGGCAGUUGCGCGUACCCAUCGUCGGCGUCGGGGCCGAGCAAUCUUCCGUCCUUCGGCCGCAGGAACGCAGGCAUGUUCGACUCAGCCUGCAACCGCUCGACGAGGCGAAGCUCGAGCGCCGGCUUCCUCGCCGAAUCAUCCUCUUCAGCUGCCGAUUCGUCGCCCGCCCGCGACGCUGCCCUGCUCCGGAGCCCUAAUCGGCUCUCUGUACGCUUCGCGUGUUGUGCGCGCCGCGUGUUCUUCCAUCUGCCAUACCACGUUGCCUUUCGCUUGUCGAUGUUAAACUCCACCUUCGCUAGAAUGGGUAUGAGCGCUGGCGAGUGCAACCCGGGCAAUAGCAAGUCGUCCGCGUUGCCACCGUCAGAUACGGAGGUCGCGGAGUCGGGCGAGUCCAGACCCGAAGUGGAAGAGAGAGCCGAGUGGGACACGGUGGUGGAAGGAGACGGGGUGCCGAGUCGGGGAGCUUCCGUGCGCAUAGGCGAGAGAAGCGGUCGUAGGGGACUCGGAUUUGACAUUACGUCUUGGAGCAGCGAAGGCGACGACUGUGCGGCUGCGUUUCCGAACCCGAGGCCGUUUGCACGCGUUGCAGAGAGAGACGGCUCAUCGCGUUCGGCCUUGAGUACACGUACCCAGAUGUGCCUCCAGAUGUCUUCCGAUAUUCGCGGUCCUGGCCCGCCGUCUUCUUCCGACAUGUUCCCAAGUCGCAUACUGGCAUGGGCAGCGGGGGAGGAAUUGACAAGAUAUAGAACCAAGCCAACUGUGCUCGGAAGCGCAUACUCCUUCGCGAUGGCGUUUAAUUGGCUUGGUAGUGUCGGAUAGACUGGGAUCAGAACGCCGCGCCGGAAGUGCGUAUGAUAACCAGAAGCGGUCGGAGGUGGGGGAAGCAACUCGUUCUCAUGCGUGUAGUCGGAUUCAUGGGGUAGAUGAGAUGGCGGAACGACGUGAAGGAGGUACUUUGACGUCUGAGAGGCCGGGGUGUAGGUGUGAGCAGAAGAGCCUACCGAAGGCGUGGGCGAACGUCGAAAGUCGAAAGAAGGAGAGACAGCGGAAGGAGGUGCGAUCGGGGAAGGAGCGUAAGUGGAGGAAGGUGAGGUGAGUACAUGAAGGCGAGGGAUUGGGGUAGAUACUCCAAGAGCGUUCGCGAGCUUUGCAAGUCGAUCAGGAGGCAGCGGCGAGCGCGGAGCCCAAGAGGGAGAGACGGCUGACUCGGGUUGAUCAGCGUUCUCGGGAGAUGAACCAGGCAUGUUGUAGUCAGGAAAGAAGUCGCAAGGGCCUCAGGCUUCGGGAUACAAAGAGAAUAUCACUGUGAAUGCAUCUGUCCCGGAUGCUGCUAAUGCUGUGGAUGCCGAGUACAAGGACAGCCAUUUAUUGAACGAUUGAAACAUUCGUCCCGGAGCGGGAUGCCAGGUCACUCACCUAGACCAAACACGACUUUUCCAAUGUCCUGGACUGAGAAUAAACAAAGCCGCAGAGCGUGUAGGAGCAGCAACAGAGUCCGGCGAGGCCCGCGCAGGAAGGGGGAGAGGGACAAGCUC